CUCGCAAGAGCCAACGAGAUCAGGGCCCCUCCCNCGCCUGGCGCUCCUUACAGUGUUGCCCUCGAAGGAAGCGAAGAGUCAGGACGUAGCAAGGUCUACAGACAUUGGAGAUUCAAGGACGGUAAACCUGCUUACAAGAGCGAUCAGAUCACGUCUGCGCACGACUUCUUCGAGAGGACAGCCAACCGCGUCCCCAAUGCAAGAUGUCUCGGACAUCGUCCUUACGACCCCAUCACAAAGACCUUUGGACCCUAUGUUUGGGAAACAUAUGGACAGGUUCAAGAAAGAAGAAAGAACUUUGGUAUUGGUAUGGUGCACCUCCACCAUGAGAUUGGAAUUACCGGUAGACAGCACGGUGUCGGUCUUUGGUGUCAGAACCGCCCCGAGUGGCAGAUUGUUGGUAAGUCCAAAGCACUCUCAGCCGUCGCAGAUUGGAUAUGCGCUAAAUCUACUANNGAUCUGGGAUGUAUGUCUCAGUCCCUGUACACUGUCUCUCUUUACGACACUCUGGGGCCCGACACAACCGAGUACAUCAUCAACCACUCACGACUAGCUGCUGUUGCAACCUCAUUGAACCACAUUCCAACUCUACUCAAGCUUGCUCCUCACUGCCCUACUCUCAAGAUCGUCGUCUCGCUCGAUCCUCUUACCUCGGGUUCUGAACUCCCAGGAACCUCCAAGGCCGAUAUCCUCAAUGCUCUAGCUUCCGAAGCUGCUCAUAUCUACGAGCGCGUAACCGAGGGUUCUGCUCUUUGGGCUGGCAGUGCUAUUGGAUACUUCCAUGGCAACAUUCUGGAGCUUGUCGAGGAUUUCAAGCUUCUCCGUCCUACCAGCUUGAUCAGUGUUCCUCGUCUGUACAACCGCUUUGGCGGUGCCAUUAAGACGGCCACUCUCGAAGCAUCUGGCGUCAGAGGAGCUCUUUCAAGACAUGUUGUCUCGACCAAAUUGGCAACCUUGAACAGCCCAGAUCCUAAGCAGGCUACAAACAAGCACGCCUUCUAUGAUCGCAUCUGGGGCAGGAAGGUCACAGCUCAGCUCGGUCUGGAUCGUGUCAGAGCUAUGGUGUCAGGUUCGGCUCCUAUCGAUCCCUCUCUGCAGCAAUUCAUGAGAGUAGUGUUCGGAAACAGUUUCCUGCAAGGUUACGGUUUGACCGAGACAUACGCUAUCGCUUGCGCACAGGUCGAAGGCGACAUGACAGCCGGCAACUGCGGUGCAGUCAUGCCUACGACCGAGCUGUGUCUAAUGGACGUACCAGACAUGGAGUACUUUGCAUCCGACAAGCCAUACCCCCGUGGCGAGCUCUUGGUCCGCGGACCUACUGUGUUCAGAGAGUACCUCAAGAACCCCGAGGAGACGCAAAAGACACUUCUCCCAGAUGGCUGGUUCCGUACUGGUGACAUUUGCUUAGUAGACGAGCUCGGCCGCUUCAAGAUCAUCGACCGCAGAAAGAACGUUCUCAAGCUGGCACAGGGCGAGUACAUCUCACCCGAGCGUAUCGAGAACGUCUACUUGGGCAACACAACCUGGUUCUCACAAGCAUAUGUGCAUGGAGACAGCGACAGAGCAUUCUUGGUUGCCAUCUUUGGCAUCCAGCCUGACACGUUUGCUGGCUUCGCAAGCAAGGUGCUUGGUAAGCAGCUAGGUGCAACCGACAUCAAGGCCCUCGAGGCGGCAGCUCAAGACGUCAAGGUCCGCCAUGCGGUUCUCAAGGAGCUUGACAAGAUUGGCAAGAAGAACAAGUUCAACAGCUAUGAGAAGGUGCGCAAUGUGCGACUGAUGGUCGAGCCCUUUACUGUCGACAACGAACUCCUCACACCUACACCCCAGACCGCGAAGAAGUACCGCGCCGUCAUUGAUGAGAUGUACACCGAGGCCGAGGCACAGAGCAGUGCCAGAGCCAAGUUG